CAAGAGCACAGCUCGAGGAAGCCAAUAGUAGUGGCUGCGGCUGCCAAAUUUCAACCGCGUAUCUCUCCGAUGUCAAGGCCGCGUACGCCCGCCAGUGAUCUGCGUAACCUGCGUGCCAAGAACCGCCAGCUUGUGAGAGAUGCAGACGCUCUCCGCAAGCGUGUAGCAGAUCUAGAGGUGGAACUCGCUACGGCGCGUGCCCCAGCGAACCACGACAACAAUGGUGAUGAUAAUGUGCUCAUGGAAGAUCUCGGGAGCGAACAGUACCAGGACACCUGGCGGAUGGAUGGCGCGAGCCGCUGCCUGGAAUUAUCAAUGCACGACACGCGCGUUACCUGCCCGUCCGUCGAGACCGAUCAUGCUACUUCAUCGAUGCCUGGCGUGCGCUGCGACAAAGCGCUCACUUUUGGUCAGUACUUCCAAACCAUCUACUUCGUGGGUGUUGGCUACACCUUGUGCGGUUUGGUCACGGAGGCGCAGAGUCUCCAGCUUCCUCAUGUAGGGGAUAACUUCAGUCGCUGCCCGUACAUGGCAAUGUGUGAUUUUUCCGGGGACUCUAGAUGGAGCGUGUCCAUCAUGGUCGACAUGGUCACUCGGACGGGCUCGCUGCACCAAGAUGGCAGGGAGCUCGCUUCAUGGCAGGGCCUCCCCGACCGCGUCUAUGUAGCCAUCGCCUUGAAGCGUGUCACGACGCGAGAAGCCAUUCUCAUGCCGGCGAUGCACACGAAAACAGUCGAGAUCGAAACAAUUCAGUAGAGGGCGUUGCUGAAGAGGG